AUGGCACGGAAAUCCAUGCUUAAAGUGAUUAUUCUCGGCGACUCUGGAGUUGGCAAGACUUCAUUGAUGCAGCAGUAUGUGAAUAAAAAGUUCUCGACACAGUACAAGGCGACGAUUGGUGCUGACUUUCUCACCAAGGAGCUGACGCUUGACGACCGGCGAGUAGUUAUGCAAAUCUGGGACACGGCAGGCCAGGAACGGUUUCAAUCGCUCGGUGUUGCGUUCUACCGUGGCGCAGACUGCUGUGUUCUUAUGUUUGACGUGAAUAAUGCAAAGUCCUUCGAAGCACUCGAUACCUGGCGUGACGAAUUUCUUAUCCAGGCCAACCCGACCGACCUAGAAAAUUUCCCGUUUGUGGUUAUUGGAAACAAAAUUGAUGUCGACGAAACACGUAGAGCCGUCAGUACGCAGAAGGCCCAGCGGUGGUGUGCGCAGAAGGGCAACCUUCCCUACUUUGAGACCUCUGCCAAGGAGGCAACCGGCGUCAACCAAGCGUUCGACGUCAUUGGCCGCAAUGCAUUACAACAGGAUGAUGUCGAGGGCUUUGACCAGGAGUACCCGGACGGUGUGGACUUCAGCCAAUACGAACAAGAGCGUUCCGAUUGCGCCUGUUAG